AUGUGGCCCUUCGGCAAUUCCGAGAAGCAGCAAGCCUUGCCUCUGCGCCACGAGGGGGGGAGGUCCUACUACGACGUGCAGCCUGGCGACAACCUGACAAAGAUUGCCGGCCAGCUGGGAAGCACUGUGGAGAUUCUCAUGCAGGCCAAUGCACUCCGCUCAGACCUCUUGCACCCCGGACAGAGCCUCUGGGUUCCGCGCACAUACACCAUCGCAAAGGGUGACACCCUUUAUGCCAUUGCUCGUCCUAUUGUGAGAGGUAGCAGGCCACUGGGCGCAACGGACGGAGGGCAUGGGGGGAUGGGCGGAGGGGGAACAGCGGGCGGGGCGUUUGGCCGCGGGGGCAUGGGGGGGAUCAUGGCGUCCCAGGGGGGAGGGGGCGAGGCGGCAUUGGAGAAGCAGGUAUAG